AUGUCUGAUGAGGAACAUGAAGAGACUUCAAAUUCACACUUGUUAUCGACAGAAUUUAAAGAUGGUCAACUGCAAAUUGUCGAGGUGAAUCCAUAUGAAAAAGUCCAUAAGUUAGAGAAUGUGGAAGAACAUGUUUUGGCUGAGGGGUCAGAGAACAGCGGCGAUGGUGACCUGAAGUACAUGCAAGUAUUGGACUCGGGAAAGGGCAUGAUGGUGGACCUACUCAAUUUGACACUUGUCAGAUGCGAGGAUGGCCAGGAAUCUUACCAGCUCGUAACCAAUGUGGAUUCUUCGUCGAGUAAUGAAGUGGACGCGACAGUUGCCUGCGUCUUGCAAGCUAGCGACGAUGCCGACGAUCAGGAAAGUCAGGAGACAUAUGUGAUGGUGGAUGGAACACAGGGACCGUUGGUGUUUCUCCAACAGGCUCCAUUGAAAAAGCCACAGCCAUUGAAACCUGCACCGUCUGCAGCUGAAAUAUUAGAAAAAGCUAAAGCGCUGCAAAAGGCAAAGAACCAGGUAUUAACUGCGGUGAGUUCAGUAAGCUCUGUGAGUUUGGUGAGCUCGGCGAGUUCGACGAGCACAGUGAGCUCUGUGAGUUCAGUGAGUUCCGUGAGCUUAUCGGGUCGUGGGCGGGGUCGUCGGCGUCGCGGCGAGUUGCCGCCCCCUCACGAGAUGCUGGCCUCGCCAAACUUCAAGCUGUUUCUGUACUCUUGCAAGUUCUGCGACUUCCGCUGUAACGCAAUCAAGGAGCUCACAGCACAUAAGGCGGCGGAACACGGCGGGGGCGGGGGUGGCGGCGGGCGCGGGCGCGGCGGCUGGCGCGCCACCUCCAUCACGCUGCAGUGCGCGCGCUGCCCCUUCAGAGGCUGCACGCAUUCACAGUUAAUGAGGCAUGUCCAGGAAAACCAUAUGGUUGAAAAUCAGGAGUCGACUAAUAAGGUAUUCCUAAACAGCGCUGAGGUGGAGGCAGCGGACGUACUCGUUUGCGGGGCGUGCGGGUUCGAAUCCAGCUCGCGAAUCGAUUUCAAGAAGCACAUAGAGGACGAACAUGGCGCCACUGCGUGUUGA